AGUGCACUGUAAGCCCUCUCUCUGCAGCUGGAUAGUAAGCUUCCUGAGGACAGGGACUGGAUCUGACACUUUUAUUGGUGUCCCAGGGUGUUCAUGCUAGGAACUCGGUAAAACUGAUGACUCCUGAAAAGGUGGCCCGAGGCAGCCGGGAUGACACUUCUCCCCAGGAACCCUGCUAUCUGCUGAGAAACAUGACCAGUAAAUCCCGCUGUAAGUUCCUGGCCAUGCUGGCUCUGGUCUUUGUCGUCGUCAUGGUGUGGUAUUCCAUCUCCCGAGAAGAUAGGUACUUUGAACUUUUUUAUUUUCCCAUCUCAGAGAAGAAAGAGCCAUGCUUCCAGGGUGAGGCAGAGAGGCAGGCCUCUAAGAUUUUCGGCAACCAUUCUAGGGAACAGCCCAUCUUCCUCCAGCUUAAGGAUUAUUUCUGGGUAAAGACACCAUCUACCUAUGAGUUGCCCUUUGGGACCAAAGGGAGUGAAGACCUUCUUCUCCGGGUGUUGGCCAUCACUAGCUAUUCUAUACCUGAGAGCAUACAGAGCCUCCAGUGUCGUCGUUGUGUUGUGGUGGGGAAUGGGCACCGGUUGCGGAACAGUUCACUGGGAAGUAUCAUCAACAAGUACGAUGUGGUCAUCAGAUUGAACAACGCUCCUGUGGCUGGUUAUGAGGGAGAUGUGGGCUCCAAGACCACCAUACGUCUCUUCUACCCUGAGUCGGCCCACUUCGACCCCAAAAUAGAAAACAACCCAGACACGCUCUUGGUCCUGGUAGCUUUCAAGGCAAUGGACUUCCACUGGAUUGAAACCAUCUUGAGUGAUAAGAAGCGGGUACGAAAAGGUUUCUGGAAACAGCCUCCCCUGAUCUGGGAUGUCAACCCCAAACAGAUUCGGAUUCUCAACCCCUUCUUUAUGGAGAUUGCAGCAGAAAAGCUCCUGAGCCUGCCCAUACAGCAGUCACGAAAGAUCAAGCAGAAGCCAACCACAGGUCUGCUAGCCAUCACCUUGGCCCUACACCUCUGUGACUUAGUGCACAUCGCUGGCUUCGGGUACCCAGAGGCCUACAACAAGAAGCAGACCAUCCACUACUAUGAACAGAUCACGCUUAAGUCUAUGGCGGGGUCAGGGCACAAUGUCUCCCAAGAGGCCCUAGCCAUCAAGCGGAUGCUAGAGAUGGGAGCUGUGAAGAACCUCACGUACUUCUGACUUGGAUGAGAAUUGUAACACGCCAGUUCCCUACUUAGCCAUCUGAGUGGCCCCUGUCUAUGGCGUUGGGAUGCCUGGUGCCAGUACAACCCACUUGAACUUACCCUCAUUGGGGAGGGUGUUCUGGGAGUGGCCAGGACUCAGGAGAGGCUAUGCCCCUGGCUACUCUGGUGGAGUCCAAAUCCAGAUAGGUGGACACACUGAGGCUACAGGAGCCUGGCCAAGGUAGGGGGACUUGCUGCUAUGGCAUCCCCUCUCUGCCAGCGCAAAGAGAUUUCAUUUGUUUUGGGGGGUUCUUUGUUUGGUUUUGGUUUUUUUGUUUUGUUUUGAGACAGGGUCUGACUGUGUAGCCCUGACUUAUCUGGAACUCACUAUGUAGACCAGGCUGGCCUUGAGCUCACAGAGAUCCACGCCUCUGCCUCCCAAGUGUUGGGAUUAAAGGUGUGUACAACAUGCCUGGCCCCAGCAACAAGAGAUUAUUUAACACUCUAUUUAAUUAAGAGAUAGAAAAAUACAGUGGGCUGGUCCCCUGGCAUUCACAAAAGGGACACAAUACCGUGUUCUGCCCACUUUUUAAUAAAAUUGGCCUGUGAAGGCCCCGAACUAGA